AUGUCCUCUGCUUCCCAGGCUCCCUUCGCCUCUGAUGAGCUACUGCCGUAUUCUGCCGACUUCGAGAUGUUCUGCGAGCAGCUCGUCUUCCUCACUGUGGAACUCUCCAUCAAGCUGAAGGACGCUGCUACCGACGCGCUUCAGAGCGCCCAGACCAAGCGCAUUUUGGCUACAGCCAAAGAGGCCGCAGUUGAUGCGACGUCGCGUGUGCGGAGCUGGAUGCGGCAGACACUUGGCCGACAGGCAGUUGAAGUCUCGACAGAGGAACUCCUUCUCCCUCAAGCUGUUGUACUCCCGUUCGGCCUGCCGCGCGUAGACAGCAUCGCGGAAGACAUCAAGGACUUGAAGACGGAUCAACAGCUGACCCAUGCGGCGGUGAUCCAGCUAAACGAGCACCAGGCAGAGCUCCGUCGCCUUCUGAAAAGGGCGUUGCGGACACCGGAACAAUGCGCUCGCUGCGCUGUGGCGAUUGAUGCUGCGCCUUCGACGGCGGGCGGCGCAAUCAGCAAGCAAGAUUCACAGAUUUGUCGCUUCGGGGAGAUGCAGACGACACAUUUGCAGCGGCUCGAGCUCCCAGUCAUCGACAUGAGCGUCGCGACCCCGCCCAUUAUGCAGUGCUCUGCUGAUUUGUUGGAAGCCGUACUGGAAGGCUUCCGCGACCUGGAUACUGCAGAAAUCUAA